GAUACACUGCUCAGAAUCAUCCCCUCCCAAAAAGUACUACUGGGCAGGGCUUCACGAGACAGCGCUCCAUGGACACGGCUCCAGCGCUACAUGGCAGGCAGAAUCGGUAAUUCUUGACUACAAAAGACAACCUCCCCCGGUUUCAGCGAUUCUUCAGAACAACCCUCGUCAGAAAAGCUGAGGGAUUUUAUUAAUGUAUUGUUAAUAUAUAGGAUCAUAUCUGAAAUGUAUUUGACAUUUUUAUCUAACAUAUUUUAGGGUUAAUAACCUAUUUUGUAUGUAUAAUUUUAUUUCAGACUCCUCUCCAGCGUAUAACGGCACAGAUGACCAUACACAUCGAGAGCACGCGGAGGAUUUCGGCGCACAGGCCACCAUCAAUAAAACAACGAAACCGGAUGAUUUCAAAGUUUUAAAUUACAUUUCCGAGGUAGACGAUUUGAGGUUAUGUGAAGCGGCCAACCUUCUUGAUUCUGCCAAUUCUGUGGGGGCAACAGACGGUUCUGAAAUAGAACAAGCCAGGUUUUUCAAAGCUGUUACCUAGUGUUUGAAAUCCUGAAGUGUUUUGCUCCACAGAUGUAUGGUUGGUUUACUAGAGCGUCAAUACCGUCAGGAUAUAUCAUUCUGGCGUAGAGCGAUUCCCCGUAUGUUAAACAACAAUCAGGUUAAAACACGCAAAUACUGGCGUUAAAAGCAUAUAUGUAACACAGAUCAAUCCAGAAUAACACAAGAACACACAUCCUUAAUUAUCCAAAUGGCGCCCCCAAUAGACCUAGGAGAGACAAUUGAAAACCUCUUAGCCCAGAUCCUGCCAGAACUCCAAGCUAUAAUUAACCAGAUGAAUGAUGCGGGGGUAACAGACAUAAUGGCGAUAGAUGAAAACAUAUUAUCACAGAUUCCAGCCGAAAUCAUAGUAAUGAUUACACGUAUGAAUGAGUCAGGGCCGUCCGAUGAAAACAUGUUAUCACAGAUUCCCGAAGCCCUCAUAUCGCUAAUUACCCAGAUGAACGAGAGCCAGAGGUUUAAUUCUGCAACACAUACACCUCUAAACCAGCCGUUAACACCCUUGUCCGAAGAGUCUGAAACGCAAUAUGAUGUUUUUGAACAGUUGGAAAAUUGUCUAGCAAAUCUGGAGGGGGAAGGUCUUGAUCGCAGUGUACGUGUUGUGUACCGAAAUAAAUUCAACAAUACCGAGGUUCGACAGUUUUUCAAUUUCGUAUGGGUGAAUCAGAAUCUUGACUAUGCUGUGUUUUACGUAAUGAUUUUGGACACUUUGAACGAACUGCUAGAUAGGGCUAGAGAUUAUGGCGAACCCCGGGAUCUCUUACAGUUGGAAAUUUGUGGAGACAGCAUGCAUAGCACGGUAUCGCUUAUUUUACCCAAUGGUGAAGCAGAUCUUGAACAAUUUAUAGCCCUGCUAGAACGACUUGUUCAGUCAAAUUUAGACGUCAUAGCCGAUAGGACCAUCGAGCUUGUAGUGCAAAUAAUUUGUCAACCACAGGGUGGGGGUGGUCAGAGAAGAAAGCUCGAUAGCCUUAUGCAGUCAGAUAUCAUAAGCAAUAAAAGGGCCAACCUCAUAAACGUUCACAAUCCUGGUAAUAAGCUAUGCUUUGCAAUAGGGCGGGCCCAUUUACUCAGCCCUGGAUGUACUGAUCUAGCAUCGUUACAAAAAGCUCAAGAGCUCCAAACUGCUGUGGGUCUCGGUAUACAUGAUGCUGUGGCUUUCUCUGACAUAGUCCAAUUUGAAAACGUUCUGAAUAUCAAGAUUGUGGUUUUGUACCACAGUAGAGCGAAUGCAGCUCUCUUGAAAUUCCAAAACAACCCCGAACCACAUCCUCAGACUUUGUACUUUUAGGUGCAAAACGAGCAUUACUAUGCCGUAACUAAAAUCACAGCGUUUUUAGGCGCACCAUAUGUGUGUCCAUCAUGUCAUACCGGCUAUACCCGAAUGGGGGGGGCACUCGUGCCGUUAUAACUGUUCAGUAUGUCUGGAUAAAAAUUGCCCAAUGCAACCCUUAAACUUGACACCCUGUGAGGAUUGCCAUAGGACAUGCCGUUCGGCCUACUGUUACAAAAAACACAAAAUUGAAACAUGGCACCCCAAGACCUGUAACUCUGUAAGCAGUUGUGACCGGUUCAAUUGUUGUGAAGAAGGUUUCAGGGUGCCCAAGAAAGUCCAGCAAGCGCCAGGACCAUCUCCUAGUUGAUUCAGCUGCGGAAUUGGGGCACUACCAGUACAGAGCUUGCUCAGGAAUGGCAGCAGGCAGGUGUGAGUGCAUCUGCACGCACAGUGAGGCGAAGACUUUUGGAGGAUGGCCUGGUGUCAAGAAGGGCAGCAAAGAAGCCACUUCUCUCCAGGAAAAACAUCAGGGACAGACUGAUAUUCUGCAAAACGUACAGGGAUUGGACUGCUGAGGACUGGGGUAAAGUCAUUUUCUCUGAUGAAUCCCCUUUCCGAUUGUUUGGGGCAUCCGGAAAAAAGCUUGUCUGGAGAAGAAAAGGUGAGCGCUACCAUCAGUCCUGUGUCAUGCCAACAGUAAAGCAUCCUGAGACCAUUCAUAUGUGGGGUUGCUUCUCAGCCAAGGGAGUGGGCUCACUCACAAUUUUGCCUAAGAACACAGCCACAAAUAAAGAAUGGUACCAACACAUCCUCCGAGAGCAACUUCUCCCAACCAUCCAGGAACAGUUUGGUGACAAACAAUGCCUUUUCCAGCAUGAUGGAGCACCUUGCCAUAAGGCAAAAGUGAUAACUAAGUGGCUCAGGGAACAAAACAUCGAUAUUUUGGGUCCAUGGCCAGGAAAUUCCCCAGACCUUAAUCCCAUUGAGAACUUGUGGUCAAUCCUCAAGAGGCGGGUGGACAAACAAAAACCCACAAAUUCUAACAAAUUCCAAGUAUUGAUUAUGCAAGAAUGGGCUGCCAUCAGUCAGGAUGUGGCCCAAAAGUGAAUUGACAGCAUGCCAGGGCAGAUAGCAGAGGUCUUGAAAAAAUGUGUCAACACUGCAAAUAUUGACUUUUUCCAUCAACUUCAUGUAAUUGUCAAUAAAAGCCUUUGACACGUAUGAAAUUCUUGUAAUUAUACUUCAAUAUUCCAUAGUAACAUAUGACAAAAAUAUAUAAAGACACUGAAGCAGCAAA